CCCGCGGGCACCGGGAGCGCCGGCUCCGAGCCCCGGAGCGCCCCGAGCCGCGGAGAGGAUGGAGCUGCCGGGGCCGCGGAGAGGCAGCGCUGCUCCUCUCUCAUGGGCUUAAAAAGACAUCUGUGGUGGAGCCACGCGCAGGCAGGGAUCCCCAGGAAGCCAUGGCCAGAGAUGGGUGUUCUGGGACACGGUGGAGGUGGCAGCUCUCCUAACAAUCCGGUGUCUUCUCCUGACAACCCCAGGCGUGCUUCGUUCCCACUCCACUGGAGAGAGCUCUAGGGAAAGAGCAGCACCAUGUACACCUUCUUGCCAGAGAACUUCACGCCGGUGAAGCAAAAGCCUUCCAAGGAGCUGAGGCCCAUGCUGGGCGCCAUCCUGCUGGGCCUCAUGCUGUUCAUCGCUGCGGUGGUGGCCUGGUGCUACUACACGGUGUCCCUGCGGAAGGCGGAGCGGCUCAAGACGGAGCUGAUGGACCUGCGGGCGGACGGCUUCGUCAUCCGCAACCAGCACGGCGAGGUGGUGUUCCGGCUGGCCUUCCGCUCGGGCAGCCUGGACCUGGAGUCGUGCUCCAAGGAGGGCGAGAUCCUGAGCUGCUCGCGCUCCAGCCGGGGCCCGCUCAACUUCUUCAUCCAGACGGUGAAGCCCAAGGACACGGUGAUGUGCUACCGCGUGCGCUGGGAGGAGCUGGCGGCCGGCCCGGCCGUGGAGCACACCAUGUUCUGGGAGGACGCCCACUGGUACGGGGGCUCGGAGAUGAGCAUCCAGCACUGGCCCAUCCGCCUGGCCGGCUACCAGGAGCCCGUGCCCUACGUCACCAGCGACGUCUACUCCUUCCGCGACAGCUUUGGCGGCAUCCUCGAGCGCUACUGGCUCUCCUCCAAGGCGGCGGCCAUCAAGAUCAACGACUCCGUGCCCUUCCACCUGGGCUUCAACGCCACCGAGCGCGCCCUCUUCUUCCAGGCCCGCUACAAGGACUCGCCCUACAAGCCCCCGCCGGGCCAGCAGCCCUUCCCCGAGCUCAGCUACCGCGUCUGUGUGGGCUCCGACAUCACCUCCAUCCACAAGUACAUGGUGCGCAGGUACUUCAACAAGCCCUCCAAGAUCCCUGCUGAGAACGCCUUCCGCUACCCCAUAUGGUCCACAUGGGCUCUUUACAAGAAUGAUAUCGACCAGGAUAAACUCUUGCGGUUUGCUGAAAAGAUCAAGAAAUACCAUUUUAACUGCAGUCACAUAGAGAUUGAUGACAUGUACACCCAGGCCUAUGGAGACUUUGACUUUGACCCUGUCAAGUUCCCCAACGUAACAGAGAUGUUUGCAAAGCUGAGGGAAGAUGGCUUUAAGGUCACUCUGUGGACUCACCCUUUCAUAAACUACAAUUCCUCCAAUUUUGGUGUGGGGAUUGAGCGUCAGCUGUUCAUCAAGGAGCCCUCGGGGCGGCUGCCGGCCAUGGUGGAGUGGUGGAACGGCAUUGGGGCCAUCCUGGACUUCACCAACCCAGCAGCGCGUGACUGGUUCCAGAGCCACCUGCGCCAGCUGCGGCACAAGUACGGCAUCUCGUCCUUCAAGUUUGACGCGGGCGAGACCAGCUACCUGCCCAAGCAGUUCAGCACCUUCCGCCCGCUGUCGGACCCCAGCAUCUGGUCCCGGCGCUACACGGAGAUGGCCAUCCCCUUCUACGAGCUGGCCGAGGUGCGUGUGGGCUACCAGUCACAGAACAUCUCCUGCUUCUUCCGCAUCAUUGACCGCGACUCUGUCUGGGGCUACGAGCUGGGCCUCAAGUCCCUCAUCCCCACUGUCCUCACCAUCAGCAUGCUGGGCUACCCCUUCAUAUCUGCUGACAUGAUAGGAGGCAAUUUCUUCCCCAAUAAAACCAGUGGGGCGGUGGAGAUCCCCAACCGGGAGCUGUAUGUGCGCUGGCUGGAGCUGUCGGCCUUCAUGCCCUCCAUGCAGUUCUCCAUCCCGCCGUGGCUCUACGACAAGGAGGUGGUGGAGAUCGCCCAGAAGUUCACGCAGCUCCACGAGUCCCUGGUGGCCCCACUGCUGCUGGAGCUGGCGGGGGAGGUCACUGACACAGGCGACCCCAUCAUCCGCCCCAUCUGGUGGAUCUCGCCCCGUGACGAGGCCACUCACCGCAUCGACUCCCAGUUCCUCAUCGGGGACACCCUGAUGGUGGCUCCUGUGCUGGAGAUGGGCAAGCAGGAGCGCGAUGUCUACCUGCCAGCGGGCAAGUGGCGCAGCUACAAGGGGGAGCUCUUUGAGAAGACCCCGGUGCUGCUCACCGACUAUCCCGUUGACCUGGACGAAGUUGCCUAUUUCCUCUGGGUUUCCUAACAGGCUUCUUAAUCAGUUUUGGAAUAACCAUGCCUUACCUAGGACUUUCUAACAAAUAAUAACUCUAAUUGCACAUUUCAUUUGAGACUGGGGUGGAGAAAGGGAACUAAAUCGACUUCACUGUUGUUGGGGAUAAUUUUUUUUUUUUAUUUGGGGAUUGAUCUUAAUUUUUUUAAUUUGGGUCUGGUUGUAGGCUCUGAUUGGAUUAUAGUAGGCAGCAAUUUAUCUGUAUAGGUCAGAAAGGAGUUGUCAGUCUGUCUGCAGACACGUGGUAAACCUAUUACCUUUUCAGUUCUCAAGGAUUUCAAGAAUAGGAAGUUGCUUAGUG